ACCUUCUGUAUAUUUGCCUCGUUCAUAAGUAUUCGUCUGUUCGAGAAGGAAUGUCUUUGUUGUCAAAAUAAAAAAUUAAGUUUCGUCGUAGCAGCGUAACCACUCGCGUAUUCUGCUCAGAGGAGAUAAAUUUUUCGUCAGGUUCGAAGUGAUUGUGAAAGUUACAAUUAUCGUGUGUAUACGUUACGAAAAUAUUUGCGAAGCUUGAAAACUGUAUCGAUUAUAUUUGUGGACAAAUAAAAACGAGAAACUACGGUCAAGGAUACACGGAUUAUUUUGUUUUGUUCGCUGUUAUAUGAGGCUCUCUCAGUGAGGGGAAAUCUAGCCAAGUGCCAAACUAUAAGCUGCUUUUGUCACAAUCGUCAAACGGAUGUGUUAUGAGUUGUGAAAGUUUAUGAAAUUGUAAUUUUCCAAAUUUAUUGAAAGAGAGAGAAAAACAUUCAUUGUGAAGAUUAUUCGUGCAAAUUGCUCACAAUCAUCAACGACGGACGGACCUGUUAACCUGGAACUCGCUUGCAUUUGUGGACUUAAAUUGUUCGUAGCAGCAGCAGACGCUUUGCAUUGUUGAAUCUUCGGUACCCCUACCAAUCGGUUGAGUGUGGGAGGAAAAGAUAAACAUGUCUUCACAACCGUCCAGUUCCGCAGUUCGUGCUCUAUCACUUGAGUACAAAAGCCUCCAGGAGGAACCGGUCGAAGGCUUUCGCGUCAAACUGUUAAAUGAAGACAAUCUGUUCGAAUGGGAGGUUGCAAUCUUUGGUCCGCCAGAUACGCUUUACCAGGGUGGAUAUUUUAAGGCUCACAUGAAGUUUCCUCCGGAUUAUCCUUAUUCUCCGCCAUCUAUACGGUUUUUAACAAAAGUUUGGCAUCCAAAUGUGUAUGAGAACGGUGAUCUAUGUAUCUCCAUUCUGCACCCCCCAGUCGACGAUCCACAAAGUGGUGAACUUCCCUGCGAGCGAUGGAAUCCCACACAAAAUGUUAGGACAAUACUACUCUCCGUGAUUUCGCUAUUGAACGAGCCGAAUACCUACUCUCCGGCGAAUGUGGAUGCCUCGGUUAUGUACAGGAGAUGGCGAGACUCUCAGGGCAAAGACAAUGAAUACCCAAACAUUAUUAAGAAACAAGCGCAAGCUGCAAAGGUGGAAGCGGAAAAGGAAGGCAUCAUUGUACCCACAACGCUAGAAGAAUACUGCAUCAAAUCGAAGACGAAACCGAGUGGUCAAGAACCUCAGCUCGACAUGACAGACUUCUACGACGAUGAUUACGAUUUGGACACCGAAGAUGACGAUCAAGGGUCGAUAGAUUCUUUCGCCGAUGGUGACGAUAGCGGCAACGGUGAGUCUUAACAGACCAACUGAAGAGUAGUGUAAUUGCAUAAUAUAUUUGUAAACGACUAUUAUCACUAAUUGGCGAAGGUAAACAGGAGAAUGAAAAAAAACACACAAUAAAAAAUACGAAACGCGAAAGUAAGCUGUCAGAAAAAAAAAGUUUCAACUAGUUAUGCCCGCAUAUGAUCAUUGAAACAAUAUACCUAUAACAUUUGACACGAUCGACGUUUAAGAAAUGAAACAGUAAAAUGAAUGUAUGUGAGUCGCUCCAGAGAACGAAUUGAAGGAAUUCGUCAUAAACAGAGGUAGUCCAGAAAAUCAUACAGAAGCAAAGUUGAACUGUUCCAGUAGCGUUACUCUGUCUCCUUUUCCGCGUUUCGAAAGCGAUAAACAUUUUACUGUAAAUAAACGUAGUUGAGAUUGAA